AUGUUCACCGAUGGUAAGGGGCGGAGCUCUCCAACACUGGAAGCGAGGCACCUCGCAGCUGGGCUCAUAAGAGCCUGGAGCACUGGGAGAACCUUAACCAACGGAUACCCGCCCGAUGAACAUAUGGGACGACGGCACCAUGGACCACGAUACAAGCCGAUACCUCUCGGCGUCCGAUGGGGGCAACGCCCAGAUCAACUAUCAGAGGAAGCGCUCGGCAGUCCGCAUCCAAGAAUGGCAGCGAGAAUGCAGAUCACUCCACACGUCUUGAAAUCAGAGCUCUCACUGGCACUCGGAAGCAGAAGUUAA